AUGCGUCCGGCCUCACCUGCGUAUUUGGCCUAUCUGUUCCUACUCCGACAGUGGCCCUUCUUCGCUUCGUGCUUUGAGGUCCCCGAUUCGUCCAACCUGUCUUCCUGGAGCCUGCCGUCCUGUUUUGCACCAUGCAUGCGCACAUGGUGCGGCAUCUUUCUUGAGGGCGCUGAUCUGAUUAAUAACACCGCGUGCAUCUGCAACGAGACAGUCGGCAAAGUCUUUAACGAUGUAACCAACACCUGUCUUCAAGACAAGUCGGAUUGCAGCAGUCGGGAGUAUUGGAGUGUGUUACUAUCCCUCCCCGCAUUCUCACACAUAUACGGCACCCUCUUGCAUGCCAUCACAACAAGUUCGCCUGUUUUGUGCCGCAGACUGACAUCGAAUCCAUUCGACCUCAGCUGGGUACCGCAUUUCGGGUUUCAAAACUUCAAAUUCUCUAGUGGCUCUCAUAAUGAGUAUGCCGAUAAAUGCGGUUUCGGGAAAGUGAUCGAGGAGUUCAAAGAUAACCCUAGCUACGUCCCGCACAUUGCCACCAUCGUGGGAGUCGAAACUAUAUGUUUGGGCGUCCGCCUAGCCUCCAAGGUCUAUCGCUUUACGUCAUGGGGCCUCGACGACUUCCUCAUUGUGGCAGCUUACAUCCCUUCCGUCGCUACCUUACCACUCACAAUUAUAAAGGCUCGAGUCGGAUACAAUCCAAACUUCUGGACCCUCAAAUUUGACAAUAUCACGCUCUUUAGCAAAGCAAAUAUUGCUUACAGCAUACUUUGCACUGUAUCGCUUGGCCUUACCAAACUAUCAUUUGUGUUGUUUCUGUUGCGUAUAUUUUCUACAUGCAGUAAAAAGUACAAGUGGGUACUUUGGGGUACUAUCAUGCUCAUAGUCUGCCUCACCCUGAGUUUCAUACUCAACCAAUUUCUUAUGUGUAACCGCGCCUCGUGUUUGUGGGAAAACACAAUGGAGCCGUUGCAGGGAUGCAGGUGCCAUGACGCGUGGGAAGGAACGGGGGGCUUUCCAGCCAUGAAUGCGGCGCUGGAUGUUUGGUUGAUAAUCCUACCGGUGAGUCAGGUGGUUAGAACGGGAUGGCACUGGAGGCAAAAGUGUCACGCUGCGGCUAUAUUCGGUCUUGGGUUCCUACCAGCAAUUGCUGCAGUAAUGCGAGUGGUGAGCGUACUUCUGCGCGAUAAUUCUGCAGGUUCGGAUCCUUUGGACUUACAGCUGUGGUAUGCUCUAGAGUCUGCUACAGCCUUCAUUGUGGCCUGCCCCUACCACUCUCGAUAA